GAGAAUUUUAAUCACGCUGGUGCACAAUUCACUACUUUUGUACUAAAUUACGAUAAUUUCUUAUUUUGGACUGGACUGCGUGUGGAUAAAACAAGCAUUCAGCCAUACGCCUCGAUCAAUCACUCCACAACCUGCCGAGAAUCCCGCACACCCUACCGACCGGCACAGGCCCACAGCGACAUGGUGCUCAAGCAGAAAACGCCGCCAGACUCCACCACUUCCCCCUCCUCAUCUCCGUCCCAAAUGGCGGGCUUCGUGCGCGUGGAGGAAGACGGCGAGAAACAGCGCAAGCGCUCGCUGUCAGCGUCGUCGCCGUGCUCUGUGGCCACUCCCGAGGGCCGCGCGAGUGCUAAGAGCAAGGUGUUCUCUCGUUGGCUCUACGGCGUUCUGCGCGGCGACACGCUGCUGCUCUACUGGCGCCGCACCGACUACAAGCGCAAAACGCCCCCGCUGGAUUCGCUCGCGCUACAGAUGCAGCCAGCCGCGCCUAACGAAAGCGUCUUUGGCUUCGAUCACGAGUGCCUCUACGUACGUGCAAAGGAUUCCGGGCGCAUAGUCGCUCUUCGCAUCCACCAACGCAAAGAAAUCGUGCGCUGGGUCACUGCGCUUUAUUAUCAGAGUAUCGGGAAUGAAAAGGUAGAACAGAAGAAGGGCAACACCACAAACAGGAAUAGCAGGCACGUCGUUUUACCUGCAGAGACUACUGAGCCAGUGCCAGAGACUCGCAAGAAGAGCGUGUCCUUCCAGGAAGAACCUCAGGUGCGCGUACUGCCGGAACAGGCCUACGACCCAGCCGAUCUCUUUUACUCGGAGGAUGACUACGAGCAGUUUUUGAUGGAAAGGCCCUCACAUCUGUCCAGCCUCAUGAGCACUAUUUAUUCGAAGACAGCGGCUAAGCUACGUGUAUCCAGGAAGAGAUAAGACGAGGAAUAAUUGCUUUGUUUUUCGUCUCAAUUAUCUGACGACUUGGAAUUUAAUCUGUAGUGAGCUGUUGCGUGACGCAGUUCAGCUAUAUGAUAAAGACUAAACGUUUUAAUUUUGGAUUUUGUGGGAGUUUGUGCAAUA